CUCUCUCUCACCCACCACCGCCUCUGUUCUGCUCUUAUCAACCAUAGACAUUCUCUCUCUCAUCCCUACAUACAUACAAUGUUAUGUAGGUGAUAGAUACUAGUAUAACAUUAGUGUAUAUAAACAUUAAUAUAAUGGAGAGGUCCCAUGCCCGACGAGUUUUGUUUUGUUGGCCAGCUAAUUCGCAUCCUUUUUGUUUUGUUCUGUAUAAGAGUUCCUUUGUUACUAGUAUAGUAUAACCACAAGGCCAAAGAGAGAGAGGCUAAAAUAAAAAGCGCUCUCUUUCUUAUUAAUUUUCUCUCUCUUCUCUUCUCCCGAAAAGCCCUUAAUAAGCUUUUGCUUUGAUAUCAGAUCUCUCUUACGGCUUUUGAGAUGCGUGCUCCUUUAGGGCUUUCCUUUUAUACCCAAAAACGAGGCCUUUCCUUCUUCUCUCAUCUACUAAUUCUAACCACUUCCUCUUCUUCUUCCUUGUCUCUCUCUCCUUUUUCUCAUACGCUAUAAGGAGGAAUCUCACAGAGAAGAGAGAAAGAUGGCGAGUAAUGAGGAAGAGAUGCAAUGUGGGUCCAUGUUGUUUAAGCAAGAGGAGCUACAAGAGAUGAGUGGGGUCAAUGUUGGUGGCGAUUACGUUGAGGUCAUGUGUGGUUGUACCAGUCACCGAUACGGCGAUGCUGUUGCUAGACUUAGGGUUUUCCCCACCGGUGACCUUGAAAUCUCCUGCGAAUGCACACCCGGUUGCGAUGAAGACAAGUUGACACCAGCUGCAUUUGAGAAGCAUUCUGGAAGAGAAACGGCUAGGAAGUGGAAAAACAAUGUGUGGGUUAUCAUUGGUGGCGAAAAGGUUCCAUUGUCAAAGACAGUAUUGCUCAAAUACUACAAUGAAUCAUCAAAGAAGUGCAGUAGAUCAAACAGAUCACAAGGUGCCAAAGUUUGCCAUAGAGAUGAGUUUGUUGGGUGUAACGAAUGUGGUAAAGAGAGGAGGUUCAGGCUGAGGAGCAGAGACGAAUGCCGCUUGCACCACAAUGCAAUGGCUGAUGCAAACUGGAAAUGCUCAGAUUUCCCAUACGACAAGAUAACAUGUGAGGAGGAAGAAGAGAGAGGAAGCAGGAAGGUGUACAGAGGCUGCACACGUUCACCUAGUUGCAAAGGCUGCACUUCCUGCGUCUGUUUUGGCUGCGAGUUAUGCCGUUUCUCUGAGUGUACUUGCCAGACUUGUGUCGACUUCACCAGCAAUGUCAAAGCUUGAAGAAGGCAUCCACUAAGAAAGAAAAAAAUGUCUGUCUCAGACUUUGUUCGGUGCAUUUAAUAACUUUAUUCUAAAAUUCCAAACUGUUUUAUCUUAUCUAUGGGUAGUGAAUGGAGCAAUUAAAAAAAAAAGUAGAAAAAAAGUUGAUUUCCAAGAAGAACAUGCAGACGAGCAUGCCUGAGUUUAGUGCAUGUCUUGAUUUUUGGCUAGUGGCAGAGAAAAGUGUUAUUAAUAGUUUGUUGUUACCCUUUA